AUGGCGGAUUACCAUUUCGUGUACAAGGACGUUGAAGGAACUUCUACACAGUGGGACGACAUCCAGCGGAAGCUCGGAAACCUCCCUGAAAAACCGCCGGCGUUCAAACCGCCUCCAUUUGUUCCGGCGGAAGACGAGGAUUCUAAACCUAAAGACAAAUCAUGGAUCGAUUCAAAAACCCAUGAUGAGCUCGAAGAUCUCGAGGAUGAUCUCGACGAUGAUCGAUUCCUUGAAGAAUACAGGAAGAAGAGGUUAUCUGAGAUCAGGGAAGCUGCUAAAGUUGCAAAAUUCGGAUCGAUUAUUCGAAUUUCUGGGUCGGAUUUUAUCCGAGAGGUUUCUCAAGCUUCCCCGGAAAUUUGGGUUGUUGUUAUUCUCUAUAAAGAAGGCUUUGCAGCAUGUGAGAUGUUAAUGGGAUGUUUGGAAGAGCUAGCAAGGAGAUAUCCAGCAACAAAGUUUGUCAAGAUAAUAUCUACGGAUUGUAUUCCUAACUAUCCUGAUUGUAAUUUACCCACACUGUUGGUAUACAAUAAUGGUGCUGUCAAAGCAAACUAUGUGGGAUUGAGCAAUUUUGGAAGGCGAUGCACACCUGAAGGUGUCGCACUUGUUCUCUGUCAUUCGGAUCCCGUGCUUAAUGAUGGUCAGUCUAGCAGUGAUUCAUCCAGGAGAUCUGUUCUCGACGGGGAGAGUAAGAGGCUCAUUGAAAAGUUUGUUGCAGAGCGUGAAAAUGCAGAGGAUGAUGGUGCUUCAAGUGAUUAACUGGUCUAGGGUCUAAAUUAGCGAAGUUUUUGAAUUUGGACUCUUCUUUUUAAGGUGUUUUUUUUUUUUUUUUUUUUUUUUUUUUUUUUGAAUUUGGACUGAGGGUCUUUGAUUAUGGGAAUGAAGUACUCUAUUUGAGUUAUGACGGUUCCAGCAGAUUCCCAAAAUUGAAACUAUGUGAAAAAAUGCUUUAUGUGUUAGAUUUUAGAGCAGCUCAACAUCACUUUGCUUACAUAUUGUAAUCCAGCCUACUUAUGUAGAUUGUUUUGUGCUGUAUUUUUUUUCACAAAAAUUGCACUGGUUCUUCUUAUCUCUUAUAGUACUUGUAUAAACUUUUUGGCGUUUAUUUUAUUUCAUUGAAUUAUGUUUCUCUCUUCUCCUCUUGUAUAUGCUUUACCUGAGGUGUUACAUAAAUUAUAUCUUGGGCUAAGUUUGAUCA